AGCGGACGUGACGUCAGCUGGAGCGAAGAACAUCCGGUUCAAAGCAAUCGGUUGGAGGAGGUCGGAUAAGGCGGAGCCGUGUUGUUACAUAGGGAGGCUGAGCUGGCCCGGGAAGACUACUGCCACAGAUGGGUUCCAGACAACAGCAUAGUGCUACCUUGUGAAGGGGGUUUGCACCGAGGACCUUAUUGCUACCUUGCUCUGUUUUACCCCUCCAUAGUAAAAUGUCUGUGGAUAUGAACAGUCAGGGAUCAGACAGCAAUGAGGACUAUGAUCCGAAUUGUGAUGAUGAUGAUGAUGAGGAGGAGGAAGAGGAUGACCCAGGGGACAUAGAGGAUUAUUAUGAUGGGGUUGCAAAUGACGUCGAACAGCAAGGAGCAGACUCUUUUGAUCCAGAGGAAUAUCUUUUUAGCUGUCUUACCUACCGAGAGUCGGAGAGUGCUCUGAAUGAGCAAAUGGCAAAUAUGGCAUCUUUGCUAAAGGUCUCUCACUCUGUGGCUAAACUCAUAUUAGUGAACUUUCAUUGGCAAGUCUCGGAGAUAUUAGAAAGGCAUAAACAGAAUUCUGCACAGGUGUUAGUUGAGGCAAAAGUUCAGCCUUCACCUUCAAAACAUGCUACAGCACAUUCCUCCCAUCAUUGCGCUGUUUGCAUGCAGUUUGUGCGUAAAGAGAACCUGCUGUCUCUGGCCUGUCAGCAUCCUUUCUGCUGCAGCUGUUGGGAACAACAUUGCACCGUUUUAGUAAAAGAUGGGGUCGGUGUCGGGAUUUCCUGCAUGGCCCAGGAAUGCUUGCUUCGGGCGCCAGAGGAUUUUGUGUUUCCACUGCUAGCAAACGAGGAGCUAAAAGAGAAAUAUGAACGUUAUCUCUUCAGGGAUUAUGUAGAGAGUCAUUAUCAGCUACAGCUUUGUCCAGGUGCAGAUUGCCCAAUGGUCAUACAGGUUCAGGAGCCAAAGGCUCGGCGUGUGCAAUGCAACCGAUGCAGUGAAGUCUUCUGCUUCCGGUGCCGUCAGAUGUAUCAUGCUCCCACAGACUGUGCCACCAUCCGGAAGUGGCUGACAAAGUGUGCAGAUGACUCAGAAACUGCAAACUACAUCAGUGCUCACACUAAAGAUUGUCCCAAGUGCAAUAUUUGUAUUGAAAAAAACGGAGGAUGCAAUCACAUGCAAUGCUCAAAAUGCAAGCAUGAUUUCUGCUGGAUGUGCCUCGGCGACUGGAAGACUCACGGCAGCGAGUAUUACGAGUGCAGCAGAUACAAAGAGAAUCCAGACAUUGUAAAUCAGAGCCAGCAGGCACAAGCAAGAGAGGCUCUUAAAAAAUACUUGUUCUACUUUGAGAGGUGGGAAAACCAUAAUAAAAGUCUGCAGCUUGAGGCCCAGACUUAUCAGCAGAUUCAGGAGAAGAUCCAGGAGAGAGUAAUGAACAACCUUGGCACAUGGAUAGAUUGGCAGUACCUGCAGAAUGCUGCUAAGCUGCUUGCAAAGUGUAGAUACACACUGCAGUACACAUAUCCCUAUGCUUACUACAUGGAGUCUGGCCCCCGGAAAAAGCUGUUUGAGUAUCAGCAGGCCCAGCUAGAGGCAGAAAUAGAGAACCUUUCUUGGAAGGUGGAGCGGGCAGACAGCUAUGACAGAGGGGACCUGGAGAAUCAGAUGCAUAUAGCCGAGCAGCGCCGAAGAACAUUGCUUAAGGACUUUCACGACACAUAGAUGGCGGAAGCCUUUUUCUUUCUCUUUGUUUUUGUUUUUUUCCCUUUGGGAAGCGGGAGCAUGUUGAAGCGCAAAGGGGAUUUGAUGCUGCAAGAGACACAGUAGUUCUGAAUAAUACCCACUCUUUUCCCCGCUCGCUCGUACGAAAUGUGGUCCCAUUUUUACUUUUUUGUUUUUGUUUUUGGCUUUUGGUUUUUCAUCCCAGCCACACACCUUUGCCAGAUUAACUGCCAUAAACGACCCCCCAUUCCUCCCUGGUGAUAUGUGCUUUCACCCAAGCCCCCUCCCCCCCCCCCCCCCCUUCUUUGCCUCCCUUAUUUUCCACCCUUGAGUAACUCUUUUCACUGCCUUGUAGGUCUGAAGCAAUGCCUUGCGCUCCCAUCUAACAGAGAAAGAGUUAAUAACUAUUUUUUCCUAUAUUUUUUUCUUCUCUCCGUUAACGCUCCAGAUGGCAAUUGAUGGAAAAAGUAGUUCAAUUUUUUGAAUGGCUGUUAAUAGAAUUAGAUUAUGCAAACUUGUCAUUUUGAACUGUUGUAUAAUUAUACAGAAAAAAAAAAUCAUAGAAAUACAAAA